AUGAAUAUCGAUGAAAUGUUCAAGAUCCCGUCCAUCCCUAGUGGACGCAACAAGCGCAAAAUGCCUGCAACUCCCGAUGUCGCCUUUCUUGAAAGUUACAGCGCCAAUUCAGAUACUCAAGCUGAAAGCAGCAGCGAUGCAGCACGCAAACGAAGAAACGUGACGAUUGAGGAUGAAGACGAAGAUACAGCGGGUAUGGAAUAUGGCGUACAAGACGUGGUGGAAGAAGAUGAUGAAGAAGGCCGUUUCUUUGGAGGAGGAUUGACGGAUGAACAAAGUCGAUUAUUGGAUCUUGUGGAUCAAUACGAAGAUGACGAGACUGAAGCAUUGUCGGCAACAUCGGUCAAAAAGAUGAUCCUUAAAUUUGAAAAGGCUAUCAACAAGAACCAAGACCAACGCGUACGAUACGCCGAUCAACCUGAAAAGUUUAUGGAAUCAGAAGCCGACUUGGAUGAGGAGGUCAAGAACUUGCUGACACUUACUCAGGCACCCCACUUGUAUCCUGAGCUUGUCAAACUUGGAAGUGUCACUUCUAUCAUAUCCUUGCUGAGUCACGAGAACACUGAUAUCGCCAUUGACGCCAUUGAUCUUAUCAACGAGUUGACGGAUGAAGAUGUCGGCUUAGCAGAAGAUGAAUUGGAAAGAUCCGAAGAAGCAACAAAUGGUGUCAAGACUUUGGUGGAUGCCCUGCUUGAAAAUGAGAUGCUUGAACUCCUGGUUCAAAACUUGGGACGUCUUGAUGAGAAUGAAGAAGCUGAUCGACAAGGUGUUUUCAAAAUCUUGGGCAUCCUUGAAAAUUUGCUUGGUCUUGAUCCUCAGCUGGCCGAACGUAUUGCUUUGAAGACUGAAUUUCUACCAUGGUUGUUGAAACGCAUACAAACCAAGGGCUAUGAUUCCAAUCGUGGUUACGCAAGUGAAAUAUUGUCCAUCCUAUUACAAGAUAGCCGAGAUAUUCGAUUGAAGCUUGGAGAAUUGGAAGGCAUUGAUAUCCUCUUACGAGCAUUAUCGAGCUAUAGAAAGAAGGAUCCUGAGGAUGAUGAUGAAACAGAGAUGGUGGAGAACUUUUUCAACGCCCUAUGUUCCAUGUUGAAUGAACCGGAAUCCAAGCAACAAUUUUUGGAGGGUGAAGGUGUCGAGCUCAUGGUCAUCAUGCUAAAAGAACGAACAUUGGCACGCAUUCGAGCUAUGAAGGCCUUGAACUAUGCAUUGAGCGGCGAGGCGGGUCGAGGAAACUGUUUACGCUUUGUCGAAGCUAUGGGUCUCAAAGUGCUAUUCCCCAUUUUCAUGGGCAAGGGCAUCAAAAAGCUUAAAAAGACGCAUAGCAAGUCAUUUGUGGAAACCGAAGAUGAAGAGCACACAAUGUGCAUUAUCCUGUCAUUAAUGCGCAACCUAUCACGAGAAGACGUGGGACGACUACGACUGAUCCGGAAAUUCACUGACGACGACUAUGAAAAGGUGGACCGAUUAUUGGAAAUGAAGGAGUUUUAUGAAUCCAGAGACAACCGAGUACGAGAAGAGAUUGAAAAGGAUUCCAAGGACCUGGACGAUGAAGAACGAGAAGAGAUGCAAGAAGAAUUCUAUUUACGACGAUUGGAUGCUGGUCUUUUUACGCUUCAACGUGUUUGUUUGGUGAUUGCGGCGCUAUGUAAAGAAGAUGAAGGUGUCAAGACAAGGACAAUGAUGUUGCUCAAAAGACAAGGAAGCGAGAUAUCAAGUAUAUUCAGGAUCAUAGAGGAGGAGACCGCUCUUAUGGCCGACUUUAGCUACUUGCAGCGUAUGGCAGCUGGUGGAGCAGUAGAGCCUGAUGCCCAGCGAUAA